AUGCAUGACACAACGGCCAAUUGUGACACGGCUGCCAUUUGUGACACGGCUGCCAUUUGUGACACGGCUGCCAAUUGUGACACGGCUGCCAGUUGCUGGCUCCUGCUUGAGUGGUGCCUGCACCUCACUUGCUUGUGGGUGGCUUGUUGUGCCCCAUUUGCCUCGAUCGCUCAUUGUGUCUCUCAGACCUCUGCCGUCAUGUCUGGGCUGUACCUCUGGGCCCCACGGCUCCUUUUCAUGUGGCAGCUGUUGUGGCUGCUGGUCCACGCAGCUCCAGCCCAGUUUCCGAAGUUGUCCCUGGACCCUGUUCUGACCUCCAUUUCACCUGAGGAAAACGGACCAUCUCCAAACCCUCAGGAGAUCCCAGCUCAGGAACCAGAAGUCCCUGAGGUAGGAGAACCAUAUUCUAUCGAUGAAGAGGCCUCAACUCAGUCUGCAGUAUCCCCUAAGUUGUUAAAAUCUUUGUUUGUGAAUGGAGUUCAAGAGGAGCUUCCAGCUACUCCUGAGAAUAGUGACUCUUCAAUUGAGCAGAAGAAUUCAGCUCUGCUGCAAUUUCCUCUUGCCAGUGUAGAACCUCCUCCAUUCCAGCAGAAGGGUCCAGCUCAGCAUCCAAAAAACUCCAUGUAUCUUAAGAUGACAGUCUCACCUCUAGGUUCAGGUAGAGUUCGAUAUCCAAUGUUGCCAUAUAUGAUAACACCACAGCCUCCUAAGAAUAUUAAAUUAUUGGCAACUGCAAAGGAGGUCACGGCUUAUUUUGCAAAAUUUCCUGAGGCGGUUGAACCUCAAAGCCAGGAGGAGAUCCCUCCAAAGCUCUCUGAAACAAGAAAAUCAUCUUCAUCCUGGCCUACUUCAGGGGCUGAUGCUACAGCCCUGCAGCUGACUAUAGGUCCUUCAGAACACCCUCAGGAAACACUUCAACAUCAAGAACCUGUUAAGGCUCAGCAACUACCCUGGUCUGACAUAACAGGUUGGCCUCUGAACCUAGAGCUCACCAUAAAGCCAGAAGCUGCUGUGGAAGGUGAACAUCAAACAGCCCUGAAGCUGUCAAACCCUCGUUUGACACUUCCACAUCCAGAGCCUGUUCAGGCUCAGCAGCCACCCUGGUCUGAGAUAACAGGUCAGCCUUUGGACCUAGGUCUCACCAUAAAGCCGGAAGCUGCUGGGGAGGGUGAACAUCCAACAACCCUGAAGCUGACUACACCUCCUCCAGAACACCUUCAUUUGACACUUCCACAUCCACAGCCUGUUCAGGCUCAGCAGCCACCCUGGUCUGAGAUAACAGGUCAGCCUUUGGACCUGGGGCUCACCAUAAAGCCAGAAGCUGCUGGGGAGGGUGAACAUCCAACAGCCCUGAAGCUGACUACAACUCCUCCAGAACACCCUGCAGUGACACUUCCACAUCCACAGCCUGUUCAGGCUCAGCAGCCACCCUGGUCUGAGAUAACAGGUCGGCCUUUGGACCUGGGGCUCACCAUAAAGCCAGAAGCUGCUGGGGAGGGUGAACAUCCAACAGCCCUGAAGCUGACUAUACCUCCUCCAGAACACCCUGCAGUGACACUUCCACAUCCACAGCCUGUUCAGGCUCAGCAGCCACCCUGGUCUGAGAUAACAGGUCGGCCUUUGGACCUGGAGCUCACCAUAAAGCCGGAAGCUGCUGGGGAGGGUGAACAUCCAACAGCCCUGAAGCUGACUAUACCUCCUCCAGAACACCCUGCAGUGACACUUCCACAUCCACAGCCUGUUCAGGCUCAGCAGCCACCCUGGUCUGAGAUAACAGGUCGGCCUUUGGACCUGGAGCUCACCAUAAAGCCGGAAGCUGCUGGGGAGGGUGAACAUCCAACAGCCCUGAAGCUGACUACAACUCCUCCAGAACACCCUGCAGUGACACUUCCACAUCCACAGCCUGUUCAGGCUCAGCAGCCACCCUGGUCUGAGAUAACAGGUCGGCCUUUGGACCUGGGGCUCACCAUAAAGCCAGAAGCUGCUGGGGAGGGUGAACAUCCAACAGCCCUGAAGCUGACUAUACCUCCUCCAGAACACCCUGCAGUGACACUUCCACAUCCACAGCCUGUUCAGGCUCAGCAGCCACCCUGGUCUGAGAUAACAGGUCGGCCUUUGGACCUGGGGCUCACCAUAAAGCCGGAAGCUGCUGGGGAGGGUGAACAUCCAACAGCCCUGAAGCUGACUAUACCUCCUCCAGAACACCCUGCAGUGACACUUCCACAUCCACAGCCUGUUCAGGCUCAGCAGCCACCCUGGUCUGAGAUAACAGGUCAACCUUUCACCGUGGUGCUCACCAUAAAGCCAGAAGUUGCUGUGGAGGGUGAAUAUCCAACAGCCCUGCAGCAGACUACAGCUCCUCCAGAACACCCUCAGGUGACACUUCUGCAUCCAGAAACUAUUGCUACUCAGUACUCAGCCUGGACUGAUAUGAUAAAUCCAAAUGUGGACGAGCAAUUUAUCAGAAUGCAGCAUCCAAUGUCACCUGAGACAGGUCCUCCAACAGCUGAACAGAAAGCCGUCAUGAACGUGUGUGAGCUCUGUACCUGCAAUAAUGAGACGCUAUCAUGUACUGGUUUUGGCCCAAAGCAGAAGCUCCACAGAGUGCCUGUGCCACAGCCCAACACGCACAAUGGCACCUUCACCACUUUGUAAGAAUUGCCUUUCCUUGCAAACUCUAUUUCUCAGUUUGAUAAGAAUAUAUGGAAGUCAUACCACGAGACUGAGAAACUAAUCCUCAGUGACAAUAAUUUAAAAGAAUUACAUAAGGAAUCAUUUGAAGGCCUGCUCUUCCUCAAAUAUUUAGACUUAUCUGGCAAUAAUAUAAAAUUAUUAAGAGAGUGCAUUUGAAACACGCCUUUUUUGGAAUAUCUAAAUCUUGGUGGCAAUUUAAUCACAGAAGUGAACUCUGGAAUGUUUCAGGCCUGGCACGGAAUGCAGUUUUUACACACGCUAAUUCUCCAUCAUAAUCCUCUGACAACUAUUGAAGAUCCAUAUCUUUUUAAAUUGCCAGCCUUCUCCUUCAGAGACCUGGGAACGACACAGGUGUCGCUGACAACAGUUAAGAACAUCCUCACGAUGAGCAAUAAACUGGAAAAACUGAUCCUACCCCACCAUUUGGCCUGCUGCCUCUGCCAAGUCAAAAACACGAUUGAGACUGUCAGCCACACGGUCAGACUGCACUGCGACACUGAGUGCCUGACAAAGACACACUGUGCAGAGGAAGAACCACAUUUAACAAGUGAGGAAGGCUCUCUCCUAAAAGUGCUACAAGACCGGAAGAACACCAGUGCUGAGCUGAUGAUCGAGCCAGAGAGGACAUCCUCAGACAAAAAUGACGACAACCUGUCAGCCUUCCUGAGUGAGCAGCUAGACUUUAACGUUAAAUAUGAUGUUAUUAGUUCACUAAAUUACAGACUGCCUUAUUUCUUGGAGAUAAAUCUAGAAGAUAUAGAAUCAAUGUUAUUACUGUUCAUUAAAUUCCCUUUUUCAAAUGUGCAGGGUGGAGAUGUGCCCCUGAGUCAUUUGAAAACAACACAGGGUACCCUCUUAAACCUGAAUUUUACUGUUCAAGUAACAAAAAUACUCCUGAUGAAGCUUCUCAGUGAGCAAGAAGAAGCGAAGGUUUCCAAGGUAGAAUGGGAUGUGAAUCAGUGGGAAAAUGAGAAAACAGAAGCUCCGGAUGAAGAGGAAGAGGAGGAGGCACUUGGGCGUUCCAACGAAGUGCCAAUGCUGGGAUAUGUGUAUAGGAACAAAGUCCUCGUGGCAACACCUGUGAUUGCAGUAGCAGCAGGUUUUACCCUAAUCAUCUGUCUCAUUUUGUGGGCAGUGAUGGUUCUGCCUGUAGAAGAAAGAUGA